GGAUUGAAAGACAUCGCAUAUGUACACAAAACUUUGACAGUGGAGAUAGUGGAACGUUAGGUAAUACGAGCCAGCCAGGAAUGGAUGACAAGGUGGAUGACAAAGAUGAGGACAGCUGCAGUAUAUACCCGAGCCUGGUGCCACUUGGCAGUGAAAUCAAGGCCAGGAUGCAACAUUGGAUGGAGGACAGAACAGAGACUCCUAUGCCAUUGCCAUUGUGGACUGGUGUGCUGAUCGUAGCUGUUCUGGCUGUGUUGGCAGUGUCUCUCAUCGGCAUGGUCGUUCUUUUCUUCUACAGAAGAUACAAGCAGUACAAGGAGCAGCAGCCUCACUAUCGCUUUAGGAAAAGAGACAAAGUUAUGUUUUAUGGCAGAAAGAUCAUGAGAAAGGUGCAGACCUUGUCAUCUACCUCAACCCCUACCUCUACCUCAGAGUCACAGAAGCAGCGAAUCAGGAAGAGAACCAAAGUCCUGUCUAUAGCACGAAAAAUACUGCACAUUAGGAGGGAGCCCCCCACCCUGGUGGCUAAGGAGCCCCCUCCCUCUUUGCUGGAGGCUGACCUCACAGAGUUUGACGUGCAGAACUCUCACCUGCCCUCUGAGGUGCUCUACAUGCUCAAGAACGUCAGGGUCCUGGGCCACUUUGAGAAGCCUCUGUUCCUGGAGCUGUGCCGUCACAUGGUGUUUGUGCAGCUCCACGAGAUGGAGCCACUCUUUCGUCCCGGGGACAUCGACGACAGCAUCUACGUGGUGCAAGAUGGCCGUCUGGAGCUCUGCAUACAUGAGAGUGAUGGGACAGAUGUGGUGGUAAAGGAAGUGUUUCCAGGAGACAGUGUCCACAGUCUGCUCAGUAUCCUGGAUGUCAUCACUGGUCACUCAGCCCCCUACAAGACUGUAUCUGCCAGAGCUGCAACCCCUUCUACCAUACUGCGUCUUCCAGCUGCUGCCUUCCACUCUGUGUUUGAGAAAUAUCCAGAUACUCUGGUCCGCGUUAUCCAGAUCAUCAUGGUACGCCUGCAGAGAGUGACCUUCCUAGCCCUUCACAACUACCUAGGCCUUACCACCGAGCUCUUCAAUGCGGAGAGCCAGGCAAUCCCCCUGGUGGCAGUGCACAGUGUGAUAGGUGAAGCCAACCCGAACAGGGGUCGAGACAGACAGCACUCCCGGUCUGAUGAGUCUGGCCAUGAGAAGGGGCCCAGCGACACAGAAAAUGGAGAGAGGAACUCCUGUCUUUCAGAUAGCAGCCCAACCACCAAAGGAAAGAGGUCUCGCUCCCAGUCCACUCCUUUGGCAGUGUCAAGUGCCACAUCGGCUGACCUCAACAUGGCAUAUCAGCGAGCCAGAAUAAGAGAAGAAGCAGCUAAAGCAGACACACCACCACCAAGUCCCCAGGUCCCACACAAGUCCAUUCUGAAGAAGAGUGUGACAAUGGUGCACACUCCCUCUGCUGUGUUUCACUACUCUGAGGUUGGAGGAGGUCAGUCAGGUCACAUCCACCACAGCAAGGUCAACGCCAUCUUCCAGGCUGCCAAGAAGGACCUGCAGCGCCUCAUACAACUGCAGGACCCAAGUCUGCUGGAGGGCAGGGUGACUCUGCGUCAGGUCAAAGCUGGCUGUGUGUUGAACAGCCAGGGGGACCAGGAUGUGAGUGUGCAGUUUGUGAUCUCGGGGGCACUCCAUGUGUACCAGCGGAUGAUCGACUGUGAGGAGGACACCCUGCUGUUUCUGACCCACCCGGGGGAGAUGGUGGGUCAUUUGGCUGUGCUGACUGGGGAACCCCUCAUCUUCAGCGUCCGAGCACACAGGGACUGCACCUUCCUGUCUAUCUCUAAAGCUGCCUUCUAUGAGAUAAUGCGCGAAGAGCCAAGGGUGGUGCUGAAUGUGGCUCACACCGUGGUGAAGAGAGUGUCAGGCUUCGUCAGGCAGAUAGACUUUGCUCUGGACUGGAUGGCUCUGGAGGCUGGCCGCGCUGUCUACAGGCAGGGAGACAAGUCGGACAGCACCUUCAUCGUCCUCAGUGGCCGCCUGCGUUCUGUCAUCGCAAAGGAUGAUGGGAAGAAGGAGUUGACUGGAGAGUAUGGUCGCGGUGACCUCAUAGGGGUGGUGGAGGCCCUGACCCACAUGAACCGAGCCACUACAGUGCACGCCAUCAGGGACUCUGAGCUAGCCAAGCUGCCUGAGGGGGCCCUCAGCUCCAUCAAGAGGAGGUAUCCACAGGUAGUGACCAGACUCAUCCAUCUACUGGGACAGAAGAUCCUGGGAAAUAUGCAGCAGGUUAACGGACCCUUGACAGCUCGUGGUCUGGCACUACACCCCCCCAGCAGUAAGUGGGAUUCAGGGAGCCCGGCCUCUAACCUGUCCACUGUGACCAUCCUGCCUGUGUCAGAGGAGGUGCCUCUUACAGCCUUCACAUUGGAGCUGCAGCAUGCACUCAGUGCCAUUGGUCCAACCUUACUCUUGACCAGUGACAUCAUCAAACAGCGACUGGGUGCUGCCGCACUGGACAGUGUGCACGAGUACCGUCUGUCCAGCUGGCUGGGGCAGCAGGAGGAUAUCCACCGCAUCGUUCUCUACCAAUCAGACGAUACCUUGACCCCCUGGACCCAGCGCUGCAUCCGCCAGGCCGACUGCAUCAUCAUCGUGGGACUGGGAGAGGCCGAGCCAACCGUGGGCGAGUUGGAGCAGAUGCUGGAGGGCAGUGCAGUGCGGGCCCAGAAGCAGCUGAUCCUGCUGCACAGGGAGGACGGUCCCCCGCCUCAGGGCACUGUGGAGUGGCUCAACAUGAGGAGCUGGAUCUCCAGACACCUGCACCUCUCCUGUCCACACAGGGUCUUCUCCAAGAGGAGCCUGCCCAAACUGAGAGAGAUGUACCAGCGUGCGUUCCAGAAGCCUCCAGACCGCCACUCUGACUUCAGCCGUCUGGCCAGAGUCCUGACAGGCAACACCAUCGCCCUGGUGCUGGGGGGAGGGGGUGCAAGGGGUUGCUGUCAGGUUGGCAUCCUGCGGGCGCUCAAUGAGGCAGGCAUCCCUGUGGACAUGGUGGGCGGCACCUCCAUCGGCUCCCUGAUGGGGGCGCUGUACGCUGAGGAGAAGAGCAACCGCCGUAUGAGGGUCCGCGCUCGCGAGUGGGCCAUGGACAUGACGUCCAUCUUCAAGAAGGUGUUCGACCUGACGUACCCUGUGACCUCCAUGUUCUCUGGGGCCUCCUUUAACAACAGCGUCAGCGCUGUGUUUAAGGGCAAACAGAUCGAGGACCUGUGGAUCCCAUACUUCAACAUCACAACAGAUAUCACUGCUUCAUCCAUGAGGGUUCACACUGACGGUUCCCUAUGGAGGUAUGUGCGUGCCAGCAUGUCACUGUCUGGGUACCUGCCACCCCUCUGUGACCCCAAAGACGGACACUUACUCAUGGACGGUGGCUACAUAAAUAACCUCCCUGCUGACGUAGCUCGCUCCAUGGGAGCCAAAGUAGUGAUAGCCAUCGAUGUGGGCAGACAGGACGAUACUAACCUCACCAACUAUGGCGACUCACUGUCUGGCUGGUGGCUGCUAUGGAAACGCUUCAACCCCCUGGCAGAGAAAGUCCAGGUCCUGAACAUGGCUGAGAUCCAGACCAGGCUUGCAUAUGUGUGCUGCGUUCGUCAGCUGGAGUUAGUUAAAGACAGUGAGUACUGCGAGUACAUCCGGCCGCCCAUCGAUCACUACGGCACCUUAGAGUUUGGCAAGUUCGACGAGAUUGCUGAAGUGGGCUACCAGCACGGUAAGACCGUGUUUGACAUGUGGAGUCGUAGUGGGGUUGUGGACAAGAUGAUGAAAGACAGACAUCAAGAGGAAUUUCAUAAGACGAAGAGCAGCAAUGUGGUCACGUGUCCCAAUGCCUCCUUCACUGACCUGGCAGAGAUUGUCUCUCGAAUUGAGCCUGUAAAACCAGUCCUGGUGGAAGAGUUAUCAGAUGAAUACCAAACAGACUAUGAUGAGGAGGCUAUAGAGAGUGCUCUCUCUGACUUUGACAUGUCUAAUCCCAACAGUGGAGCGGAACACACAGAGGGGGAGGAGACUGCAGACACAGAUGAAGAGAUUCAGAUCAAGGUCCGAUGUCACCAAAGCAAAUGACCACCAAACCGCUCAGACAGUGUUGAUGAUGCAUAACAUCCAUCAUAUUCAUGAUGCUCUGUUUCUCUGUCCGGUUAACAGUAGUCCUCAAUGCCAGUCUAGACAUUUCAAAAUGCACUAUUUUUAUUCUUUAUUUUAGGAGAUGCACUACAGGACGUCCAAACACUAAUGAAGGACAAAUGUACACUUUGACCUCUUUGACAUCAAAAAGGAUUUUCCCAAUCAGGGAGCAGAGAUGUAUAUUAUGUCACUAAUAUCAUAUCAUAUGACACACCCAGAGGGGAGGUGUGGAAUGUACAAUAUGAAUUGUGAGUUCAUGUAAGGGAUCCAAAAUAAGCACAAUUCAUAUAUAUUACACCAUAAUAAGCUGGGUCCCAUCCUCACCUGCACAUACACAGUGAGAGCGCUUCUCUAAUGUGCUGCUAUUUGCACAGAUCCAACUUGCUGUUGAUCAAAACCUAUUGUAGCGAAUUCAGGGGUAGCCUCAGAUCGGGAAUACAACCUACACUAUUUAUCAUUUCUCAGCCGUUAUGUUUAGGUUAGGUUGUAUUAUGAUCAAGGUCAUAGCAUUUACAUUUCAUUCAGUAUACUGUGGUUACAUCAUGGAACUAUAUGAACAAAGGCCAUAUUAUCAUUCUCACGCAAGCAUAUCAAUGCAACUUUAUACUCUCUUUUUUUGUUGUUGCCGUGUGCCUUUCACAUUUAUGGUGGUUACAGAACAGCUCCUUUUUGACUGACUGAUUGAUAGUGAUUGAUUGAUUGAUUGCAUAUUUCCUUAUUACAAUCAAUCUCAUUAGAUUGGGUUGCAAAACAAUCAUAUAAUUUUAUAGCAUGAUUUUAUUGUUGUUUCGAGUGUAUGUAUGUCCUCAUCACUUUAGGUACUAGACUAGUAAAUGUUAUCAGUUAUGACUGAUUAACUCUUGACAGCCCUAGUUAUAACUUUAAUGAAUGUAGCAGAAGUAUUGUUAUUUGCAUUGUUAGAAGGAAACUUGAGUGCCAUAUCAUCAGGGAUGUGUGAGUGAUACCAUACUGUAUGUGUUUUUUCUCCUUCACUUUUUUAGACUACCUUCCCUUAGCAGGGUAGACCUUUUAAUGAGAUUUUAGUCAGGGUUAUGGAAUAUCUGUGGUACACUACUAAGUAGAAAAGGUGGAGGACUAUCAGAAAAUAGAUCAUACUUUGAUAUGAUUUUAGGAACACUACUGACAGGGUUCCCGCUGAGCACACACUGGUUGAAUCAACAUUAUUUCCACGUCAUUUCAAUGAAAUUAUGUUGAACCAACUUGGAAUAGAGGUUGAAUUUACGUCUGUGACCAGUGGGUUUUGUCUUUUAUGAUUUGAAAACCGAUUAAAAAUAAUAAUGACUUGAUUAUGAAUUAAUUACUGGUUGAUUGAAUGGUCGACCUAAUAUUCUUCUUCUUCAAAUAACUUUUAUCUCCUUUUGUUGUCUACUGCAAUUCAGCUUUUAGCUGCGAAUGUGUACAAGACAGCCUAACUAAUAAUAAAACCUUGAUAUAUUGGUGACAUAAAUGAGUUAACAAUAAAUGUCAGCCGAUAGGAUAUUGUUUCUCUGUUCAAAGCUUUUCAAUGUUAUGUUGUCAGUAACCUCGGCCCCAGGCUAUUGAUCAUUUGGGCAAAAGUGUCUGGGUACAAGAAUAUGCUGUUAGUAGCCUAUUUAGUGUUGAUAUUUGAGAUGUGUAAUGACUAAUAAAUUGCGGUGACUUUUACCUAUUCCUAUUA